CUCUGACUGCCUUUUUCGCUGCACGCAAUAAUUCGCCUGCUAUAAGUUAUCGAGCGCGAGUGCAGGUUUUCUUAUUUAUAUGAGAGCUCUGUGCCUGUUCAGCCGAGCUCGAACUGGACGCUCGUCAGACUGGCUUUUCGUCGGCGGGCCGCGGAAAAUCGCGCGACACCGCUCGAGAGUGCGCGCGCGGCGCUUGUAACGUCGCUGGCGCCAAUGCGAGUAACGCCGCGCGGAGUGGUGGCUGCUCGAUUUCCCUUUUUAACGCGCUCGAGCUUCCGCUCGCUUUGAUCGCAAGCGCGAAAGGUGCGACGAGCACAAGCCCGGUUGCGCGCGCGCGCGCGUCGUGCUCUUUAAACAGCUGAGACGAGGCAUCGGCAAGCAUCUGGCGGCGCGGUGCAGUCGCGCGGGUCGCGGGUAUAGUGCUUUGUUGACUGUCUCUUUGAAAUGUAGCGGGUCGCCGGCUGGCGCGAGCGCGUAAAUUACCGAGCCACGACGUGCGUUCGUCCGCGAAGCGCUAACGCGAGAUUUCAUCUGUUCCGAGUAUCUCAAGUUCAAUAUUUGACGACGUUCGGCGCGAUCUCUGCGAGACUGCACUGCGAUACCGGUCGAAAGAUGCGAUCCGAGUGGGCGUUGGACGCGUGGAGAUCAUGCUGCAUAAAUAUUCCCCAACGAUGGAUAUUCGCUCUGAUGGGCUUUCUGGGCCUGUUCAACGCAUACGCCAUGCGAGCUUGUCUGUCGAUCAGCAUCACGGAAAUGGCAGUGCCUACGGAGCAUGCGACCGAAUCGAGGGACGACGCGUGUCAAGUCAACGUUACGUCGAGCGGUAACGCAACCGCCGUGCAUAAAGGCAGCUACGAAUGGACCGAAUACACUCAGGGAAUCAUCCUGUCGUCGUUCUACUGGGGCUACGUGUUGACUCAUCUGCCGGGUGGCAUGAUGGCCGAGAAAUUCGGCGGAAAGUAUACCCUCGGCAUAGGCAUCCUUCUGACGGCUGUGUUCACUCUGCUGACCCCCAACGCCGUGGACUGGGGCGGCGCGCCGGCCCUGAUAGUCCUGCGCGUGUUGAUGGGCCUCGGCGAGGGGACCACUUACCCAGCGGUGAACGUCAUGCUCGCGCAGUGGACGCCACCGGAGGAGAGAUCGAAGACCGGCUCGUUCGUUUACGCCGGGGCUCCGCUGGGCACCGUCUACGCGACCACGGUGUCGGGUCUGAUACUGCGCUACUCGUUGACCGGCUGGCCGGCGGUCUUCUACUUCUUCGGCAGCGUCAACGUGCUGUGGUUCUUGAUCUGGGUGGUGCUCUGCUACAACAAUCCGCGCGAGCACCCGUUCAUCUCGGAGAGCGAGGUGAAGUACUUGAACGAGAGACUGAGCGACCACACUCAUCAGCAGCCACCGCCGGUUCCCUGGCGGCACAUACUCGCGUCGAAGCCGCUGUGGGCGCUCAUCGUCGCUCUGGUCGGUCACAACUGGACCUUCUUGACGAUCGUCAGCGAUCUGCCCAAAUACAUGAGUAGCGUGCUCAAGUUUUCCAUCCAGAACAACGGCUACCUAUCGUCUUUGGCCUACCUGUGCAUGUGGUUGGGCAGCUUGCUGACUUCGUGGAUCGCCGAUUGGGUCAUAGCCAGAGGCUACCUGAGCAUGACUAACGUGAGGAAAGUCGGCUCGAGCGUAGCGCUCAUCGGUCCGGCCAUCUUCAUCGUCGCUGCUUCUUACGCUGGAUGCGAUCGAGUAAUGGUCGUCGUGAUGUUCACCAUUGGCAUGACUCUGAUGGGCACGGCUUUGCCUGGCAUCAUGGUCAACGUCUUGGAUUUGAGUCCCAAUUACGCCGGCACGCUGAUGGCGCUAACCAAUGGCAUCUCUGCUCUCACUGGAAUCGUUACGCCUUACAUCGUUGGAGUCUUGACGCCCAAUCAGACCUUGACGGAAUGGAAACUGGUUUUCUGGAUUGUCUUUGGAGUCAGCAUCACUACGAGCAUAAUAUUUUUGAUUCACGGCAGCGGCGACGUCGAGUACUGGAACGAUCCGGAAUUCGUUAAGCAGGAGAGGAGAAAGACAAAUAAAAAUAACGCGGAGGAAAUUGCGACGUAGCGAAACGACAAGCUGCGCCGUUGUGCAACAAAGUUCAUUUUUAAUAAAUAUCUCUACGUAUACGCACGCCAGCGCUAAUUACACGUAGAGAAACAAUUUGCUGUUGUGUUUACGAAUGGAGUAUUUCUUUCUAAAUUAAAAUAUUC